AUGGAUGACGUUUUCGAUUGUUUGGCUGGAGCCAAGAUUUUUUCGUCCCUCGACUUAGCCAGCGGCUAUUGGCAAGUUUCGGUUGCAGAUAGUGAUCGCUACAAGACAGCGUUUGUGACCCCCGACGGCCUAUUUGAAUUUAAAAGACUACCGUUCGGUCUUGAAAAUGCACCAGCUACUUUCCAGCGGCUUAUGGAUCGUGUACUAGGGCGACUAAAGUGGAAAAUGUGCCUCGUCUAUUUGGACGAUAUUUUGGUGUUCGGGAAGACAUUUGGGGAACACCAGGAGAGAUUGCAGCAAGUGCUCGUGGCGCUAGAAAAAGCCAAUUUAACCCUCAAUCUAAGAAAAUGUGUGUUUGGAACGUCUCGGGUGAAACAUUUGGGGCAUGUUAUCAGUGGGGAGGGAAUUUGCCCCGAUCCAGAAAAAGUCUCGGCGUUGACUGAUUUCCCAGUCAAUAAUGUAAAAUCUUUGAGAGCCUUUUUAGGCCUAGCUUCUUUUUACAGAAAGUUUAUAGCGGAUUUUGCGGCCAUUGCACAUCCACUACACGCCCUGCUGAAAAAGAAUGCGAGAUGGGAUUGGGGAGAAACUCAGGAGAAGGCAAAAGGAACCCUUGUCAAGCGGCUAUGCCACACGCCCGUCUUAGCCCACUUUGAUGACAAGCUGGAGGUAGAAAUCCAGACGGACGCGAGUUAUCUCGGCCUGGGAGCCGUUUUGAUGCAACCCGCCGAGAACGGGCCAAGACCCGUCGCUUUUAUUAGCAGGCGUCUGACAGAUGCGGAAGGUAGGUAUCAUUCUAACGAGUUAGAAUGUCUUGCCCUUGUGUGGGCUUUAAAAAAUUUCGAUGUUACGUCUAUGGACGUCCAUUUCAAGUGGGUUCUUGAAUUGCAAGAAUACGAUUUUCACGUUGGGCACAUAAAGGGUGCCGAAAAUCCCGUAGCGGAUGCUCUCUCACGGAACCCUGCCGUACCUCUAACGUGUUUUAAGCACGUAUCUCGUCCCCACGCCGGCCUUCUGGAGCCUAUCCCCCCACCAUCACACCCAUUCCAUACAAUCGGCGUCGACCACUUGGGGCCGCUGAAGGAAACUGACGGAGGCAAUGUGCACGUAAUCGUCGCCAUCGACUACUUAACGAAGUGGGUCGAAGCAGAGGCUGUACCAACUACGGCAACAAUUCAUCUAGCCCGGUUCAUCAAAAACCAAGUAAUCAACCGACACGGCGUGCCGAUUCGGAUUAUAAGUGAUCAAGGCAGUGCGUUCACCAGUGCCGAGAUGGACGAGGAGGUAAGGCUUUGGGGUGUAAAGCAUGUCCUCGCUUCAGCGGAACACCCACAAACAAAUGGACUUAUCGAACGGAUGAAUAGGUCACUGACGUCCGCGCUUGCUGCUUACCUAAACCCAACCCAUAACAACUGGGACAACUUACUUCCGGACGCGAUUGCAGCCAUUAACACCGCAAAGCAGUCGACCACAGAAUAUUCGCCAUUCCAGCUCGUAUAUGGUCGUACACCUAAUCACGCAGGUGACAACGCAUUUGAUUGGCCUAAUGAGUGCCCAGAGACGCGUGAAGAGUUUCUGCGUCGUGUUAGUGCAAUGCGCCGGGCAAUUGUGCGUCAAGUGUGCCCAACAACCUACCUCGUAGAAGACUUACCGGCCAAAAGGAUACGGAAGAGGUGGAGGCGAUUCAACGCUCACGUAUGUCAACUCAAGUUAUUUCGACUUAGAGUAGAGGAAGAAAUUGACGAUGAAGUUAGCGAGAAUGAGGCCGAAGACGUUGAUGACAGCGAAACUGGGUCUAGCACCAUCAUAAGCGGCCAUGCGCGAAAAACUCAGGUGGUCCCGUCACCUGUGCUUACCCUGCCUCCUCCGAUAGCGUCAAUAACUCCGCCGCAACAACUGGAGCCCAGUACAACUAGGCAUGGAAGAAUCCGACAGAAGCCAAGAUGGCAGCUUGAUUACGUCAUGGAAAAACCUUAG